AAAUUUACUUUCUUUUUCUUUUUCUUAUUCUUUUUUAUUUUAGUUUUUUCUUGGAAGGGUUUUGGAGACGACAGCAACUCCGAUUCAUCUUCAAGUCUGACAAAAGCUCCAAAGUAUCAUAAAAUCAAAUCGAUCCGAAGCUCUCAAAGCAAUCCACUCCAAUCGCUUCUGCAUUCAAUCGCUUCUGCAUCAGACCACCACAACCAUCUCAGUAGGGUUUUGUCACCGAGCUUGCGGGAGAGUCCUACAAUCUCAAACACAUGGCAGGUGGUUCGAUCCUGUUGAACGAACUCCAUAGAAAGGCAACCAGCUGGGAGAAAAUAGUCGAUGAAAUAGCAAGGUUAGAGAAGAAGAUUUUUCCCAAACACGUAUCACUUGCUCGAUCUUUUGAUGAUGAACUCAAGAAGAAGAAUAGCGGUUUGUUCUACUUGGAAAUUAACGGUGAAGUUGUUGGCUAUGUCAUGUAUUCAUGUCCUUCUUCACUCUGUGCCAUCAUCAAGAAACUCGCAGUGAAGGAGAACCAUAGGAGACACGGACAUGGAGAGGCGUUGUUGAAAGCAGCGAUAGAGAAAUGCAGGAUUAAAAGCAUACAUCGUGUGUCGCUUCAUGUGGAUCCUUUAAGAACUUCAGCAAUGCAUCUAUACAAGAAACUCGACUUUCAAAUCGACACUCUGGUGAAGGGUUAUUAUUCCUCAGAUCGAGAUGCAUAUAGGAUGUAUAUAGAUUUUGAUAAAGAUUAGCUAAUGGGAGUAAUCCAAAUUGUUUAUCCAUAUGGAUUCUUGCAAAGGGAAGGUUACAAGGCCUCAUAUAGCUUCAUUUA